AUGGUUGAGAACGGAUGCCUCGGAGAAAGCGAGCGCCUCGGCGAGGUGUCCUUAGAACCGAACAUGCGGAACGUCAAAGUUGUAGUCGACACCUCUACCUCCAACGGACACUUCGAGGCUAAUCAUAAUGGCAAUUUACGCAUUGAUGGGAUCAGCGUGGAAUGGAAAAAUCUUACAUUUCACACAAAAAUCGGCAAAGAGCGGAAAUCCCUGGUGAGCAACCUGAGCGGGGUGGCUCGGCCCGGAACGCUGACAGCCAUCAUGGGUUCCUCUGGCGCCGGGAAGACGACGCUGCUCAACAUCCUCACGGGGUUCUAUGACGACAGUUACGAGGGCGAGGUUCAAGUGAACGGUUACGUGCGGGAUCGGCAACUCUUCAACCGGCAGAGCUGCUACGUCAUGCAGGAGGACCGUCUGCUACCCGUGCUCACGGUUCAGGAGGCCCUCACCAUGAGCGCGGACUUGCGUCUGCCCACGCUCACCGAGCGAGAGAAAGCCAACGUCGUUCAGCGGUCAGUGCGAGAGUGGGGGCUCGUCGAAUGCUGCCACACGAGAACGGAAAACUUGUCUGGUGGUGAAAAGAAGCGUCUCGCCAUUGCGCAAGAACUGGUCAGCAACCCCGCUGUGAUAUUUCUGGAUGAGCCAACGAGUGGCUUAGAUAACGUUUCAAGUUUAAUGUGCGUUCAAGUUCUAAAAGGCCUUGCGCGAAACGGCCACACGGUCGUAUGCUCCCUGCAGGCACCCAGCGCCAAACUCUUCUCUCACUUUGACAUGCUUUACAUGUUAUCUGAAGGGUGCUGCAUCUACAACGGACACGUCAGCAAUCUCUUGGGAUUCUUAUCUCAGCAUCACCUGAAUUGUCCUGAAUACCACAAUCCUGCUGAUUACAUUGCGGAGGUGGCGGCCGGAGCCCAUGGCAACCACGCAGGAAAACUGGCCAGUCAUUUCACCUUGCCUCCGCCUCCGCCCGCCCCGUCUGACGCCAGAAAAACAGAGUUCGAGACCAAGUACGGAGGACGAAUCAUGAGUACACAGGAAAAAAAGAAAGUUUACUCUGCUCAUUCGUGUAAAGUGAGUCAGUUCUAUCAGUUUCGAAUUCUCCUAAAACGCUGCUGGCUCUCAACGACAAGAAACAGGGUCGCGGCGCCGCUUCGAUUUGCCGGGUACGUGGCCUUCGCCAUCCUCCUCAUCGCCCUCUUCUACAACAUCGGGAGGAAGGCGACAAUGGUCAUCCACACCGCCAAGAUGUACUUCACUGUCAUUGCCAUACUCUACUUCCAGUCGCUGAUUCCGACCGUAAUUGUAUUUCCUAUUGAAGUCUUGGUUCUGCUCAGGGAGAACCGCAACAGUUGGUACAGCAUCAACACAUACUACUUAGCCAACUACCUCGCCGAACUGCCUUUCCUGACGGUUCCUGUCAUAAUGUUCAUCGCACUCAUCUACUACCCGACUGCUCAGCCUUUGGAAGUGUGGCGGGCAGCGGGUGUCAUGCUUUUCAGCGUACAACUGGCCUCUGUGGUGCAAUCAAUGGGCCUUAUGGUGUCCGCAGUGGCCAAAUUACAGACCGCCGUGUAUGUGGCAAUCCCCGUGGUGUCCCCCUCCUUUAUCUUCGGAGGCUUCUGUGUCCAGGACCGGCUGCUGCAGCCCUGGGUCCGGUGGCUGACGUCGCUCUCUCCGUGCAACUACGCCUACCACGGCAUCCUGCUGUCGGUGUACGGUUACGACCGCGAACCCUUGGACUGCGACGACGACUUUCUGUGCCUCUACGAACAUCCGGAAGACUUCCUCGAGUUCACCGGCUCGUCGGGCAAGAAGCUCCACGUCCUCAGUUUGGCGCUGCUGCUCUUUGACGUCGUGUUUCGGUUGUUGGCCCUCGUGCUGCUCAGGUGGAGACUCUCUAAGAGAGAAUGA